AAAACAUAUCUGUUUUUGCAAUCUCAUCACAAAACAAUUGCAAAACAGAAUACAAAACUAAACUGGGAGUGUUCAAAAUAAUUUUAAUUAAGAUUAUUUAAUUAACGUCUGUUAAAAACAUUAAAUGAUGGCCACUCAAGCUUCCUCUGUGCUCAUCAAAUUAAUGUCUGCCUCUGUUACAGUUGCUAAUCAAGCAGGAAAAAUAAUUCGUGAAAUAAUGAAGAAAGGAAACUUAGGAAUUGUAGAUAAGGGAAUAAAUGACAUACAAACUGAAGCUGAUAGAUCUGCCCAAAGAUGUAUUGUGAAUUCUCUGUCAAAGCAUUUCCCUAAAGUAACAAUCAUUGGAGAAGAAACACUUGAAAAGAUAGAAAAUGAAGAUGGUUUGCUUAUUAACUUAAAUAACUGUGAGUCAAUUGCUGCUUCAUGUCCUGACGAUUUGCAGUCUGUAAAAGAAGAAGAUGUUGUUAUAUGGGUUGAUCCCUUAGAUGGGACAGCAGAAUACACUCAAGGAUUAUUAGACCAUGUGACUGUUUUGAUUGGUCUUGCUGUGAAAGGAAAGGCUGUUGGUGGAGUCAUUCAUCAGCCGUAUUACAAUUAUAAAAAUGAAAAAGAUUGGUCAAAAUUAGGAAGAACAAUGUGGGGUAUUGUUGGGGUUGGAGGGGGUGGUAUUCUUUACAAAGCUCCCCCCGAGGAUAAAAGAAUCAUCACUACUACUCGAUCACAUUCCAAUCCUGUUAUUAAUUCAACAAUUGAAGCUCUAAAACCAGAUGAAGUUUUGAGAGUUGGAGGUGCUGGGCACAAAGUUUUAUUAUUGAUAGAAGGAGCAGCUCAUGCAUAUGUAUUUCCCAGCAAAGGAUGCAAAAAAUGGGAUACUUGUGCACCUGAAGCAAUUUUACUCGCUUUUGGAGGAAAAUUGACUGAUAUUUCUGGACGACCAAUUCAAUACCAUGCUGAAGUUGAGCAUCUUAAUUGGGGUGGAGUUUUGGCUACGCACGCUGAAUCACUCCACGGGUGGUAUAUUUCAAAUAUACCUGACGAUGUGAAGGCAUCUCUUCAAUCUAAAAUAUAAUAAAAACCAUUCCUUAUUAAGAGCUUUAAAAUAAUUUUAUCAAAAAUUUUAAUUUUCAAAUAAAUUGUGAUAUAACCAUUUAUGUAAACACUUAUGUGAUUUUUGAAUCAAAUUUAUCCCUUCUGUUGAUUGUAAAAAUAAUAUUAUUAAGAUUUCCACAAAUAUGUCAUACAAAAAAUUGUUUUUAUUUUUUUUAUUAUUAUUAUUAAUUUGUGUCAUAAUAUUCUAGUUAAUCAGCUGUAUAAAAAGUAAUUUUUCAUUUUCUGAUUUUGUUUUUAAUUUCAUAAAACACUUAAAUUUAUGACACUUACAAAUCAAAGAUUCUAUUAAAAUUAGUUUAUAGAUCAAAAUUUGAAAUAUUGUUGGAAUUGAUUUUUCUGAAUUGAUUUUAUUUUACUGGUUUGAUUUUUUGUAUUCUGUUUUAAUAGCACUAAUAAUGUAGUUAAUCACUAUUUUUGUCUCUUCUUAUAUUAGUUUAGAAUUGUUGUGAUUUUUCAUGUUAUGUUUGAAAUGUUUAUCCGGAAUCCUUUUUGUUUUUUGAUCAAUUCAUAAGAGAAAUUCACAUCAAACUUUUGUUAAUUGUUAAAUUUUUCCAUUAAAAUGUAUACACUGCUGCUGGAAGGCUAAGAGUCAAGGGUUCAAUUCUGGCAGUCAACUAAAUAACUGACAUGUAUGCUUAGUUAGGGGCAAAUUUAGUUUGUUGUGACGUAAGUCCUCUUAUUUGUGUGGUAAAGAAGUUUGGAGAUAUGUAUAGCAUCUCGAAUGUCAUCGUUAUCUGACUGAGAUCAAUAUUACAUGAUGUUACUACCAUGACAAAUAUAACAACUUUGAAAAAAAAAAAUUCUUUUUUUUUCAAUAUUUGUGGCAGAAAUUUGUAUUUUUUGAUUGAAUUUGUAUCAAAAUUGGUCCCAAAACAUGCGUUUCCUUAAUCAUUUUAAAACUUUUAACCAAAGACAACAUCUACUUAAAACUUAUGUUUGAAACUUUGUUUUUACCAAAGACUGUCAUUGCUAAUUGUAUGACAUUAUUUAUUAUUAUUUUGACAAAGUGAGAUUAAAAAGUUUUGCUGAUAUGACGGACUUUAAAUUAAGAAAAAACGAUUUCAAUAUAUAUUUUAUUUAGUAAAAAUGAUAUUUUUAUUUGUGGAAACUCAUGAGAGUUUUUAAUAUUUUUUAUUUUUUUAACAUAAAACUUUUUACAGGGUGCGUAGCAAAUUUAAAAAGUGCUUAAAGGUGCUUAUUUUCGCUUUUUAAAAAAGCCCUUAAAAGUGCUUUCUUAAUUGAGUGCUUUUAAAAAGUGUUUAAUUUUCCAAAAUUAGAUAUUUUAUCUUUACCUUUGCGAUUUUCACCACAAAUAAUGUGAAAUGCGUAGUUUUCACAUUGUUCCAUUCUGCGCUUUCACAAUUAGUUCAACCACAUUUCAUUUCGACUUACCGUUGGCCCGUAGAGUAUAAAAGUGUCUAUCAUUUUGCACAUUUGAUAAAAUACUUGCAGAUCUUUUCGAAUUAAUUUUUCUCCUUAUUAAAUAAAGUAGUUAUUAGCCACUUGAUAAGAAAUAUAUUUAAAAUUGUGUAUAAUUUUUUUUGUGAUAAAUAUAAUUAAGGAAAGAGUUCUUUGUUAGAAACUAAUAAUUUUAUCAUGAUCACAUUAAUUCUUUGAGAAAAGUGCUUAAAAGGUGCUUAUUUUUUGUUUAAAAAAUUUGGUUACGCACCCUGUUUUUAAAUUAAACAAUGUUUUGCUGCAUGAAAAAAAAACACAUACUUAUUUGUUCUUGCAAUUUUUUUUAUGAACAAUUUCAAGAUACUAUUAUCUUUUGUAUUGAAAUGAAAUACAUAAAUCAAUGAAAAAAAAUAGUUAUUUAAAAGCUAUCAUGUAGCUUUUAUUAAAUGUAAACUUUAAUUCAAAUGAAAUUACUCUGUUUCAAAUUGAAAACAUUGUUAGACGUUAAUUUAAUUUUGUCACUAUUUUUCCAAGCCACAGUCUAUUACCCAAAUUUAUCUUAAUUUUUAAUUUUCUUUAUAGAAAUAAUUAAUAAUUUUUCUUUAUAGAAAUACUAAUACAGAAUAAUUAAUUAAUAAGUGCAGCAUAAGAAAAUUACAGGGAAAGAAAAGUUUCACUUGUUUGUGAUAGUAAUUGCAUUCGCACUAUUUUUUUAUUAAUUUUUUCUUUAUUACAUUUAUAGACCUGUGUUUAUUCAGUAGAAACGCACUAUAUUAAAUAAUGUACUCUACAUUAUAUAUUUGUUACAAAAAUGUAUAAAUAUUUCGGUGCAUUUUUAUAAUAUUUUAAGUAUUUUUGCAUAUUUUUAUACUAUACUUCUAAGGAUCAAUUUUUAUGGGAAAUAAAUAUUUUUUUUUACUCUCA